AUGCCCCCCAGGAAGCGGGCAGACGACGCCGCAGACGACGCGACUGGCGAGCCUCGCCCCAAGAGAAGGUCUUUUCGUCAGGCGGCGGCGGCGGCAGCAGCAGCAGCACAAGCAAAAGGCGCCGGAGAAGACGAGGAACCGAAACGGCCCGGCAAAGCCCGCCGGAAGGACGCGAAGCCCGCGCAGACCCAGACACCAGCGACGGCCGCAACACCCCUCACCAGCAAGACGUCGACAUGCGCACCGAGGGAUGCCGCAAGACGCGUUUCCGAAGAUGCCGACGCAGACGCUAUCCCUACCACGAACCCCGAGGCGCCCCGGCACCAAGGAGAGUGGUACUGGCUCAUGAAAGCCGAGCCAGAGUCGCGCCUCGAGAACGGAGUCGAUGUGCGAUUCUCCAUUGACGACCUGAGGGCCAAGACGAGGCCCGAGGGCUGGGAUGGCAUCAGGGCAUACGCAGCACGAAACCACAUGCGCAACAUGAAUGCCGGCGACAAGGCCUUCUUUUACCACUCCAACUGCAAAGAGCCUGGCAUAGUGGGCAUCAUGGAAAUCGUCAAGGAGUUUUCCGAGGAUGCUAGUGCGCGGCGCCCAGGAACACCGUACUACGACCCGUCGUCGACAAAGGAAAACCCGCGCUGGAGCCUUGUCCACGUCGAGUUUCGCAAGAAAUUCGCCGUGCCCAUCCCUCUCAAGGAACUGCGCGAGCUGGGCAAACCGGGUGGUCCGCUGGAGAAUAUGCAAAUGCUGAAGCAGUCGCGGCUGAGCGUGAGUCGGGUCAGUGGACAGGAGUGGGAGGCCUUGUGCAGGAUUGCCGAUGAGAAGGCGGCGGAGAGGGGGUUGAAGCACGAGACGGGGUAA